AAGCUAAAGUGCGGUGUGUGAAAGAAAGAGAAGUGGCUGUGUUGUGUUAAUAGUGUGAAGUGUAAUGAGGAAGUGUGAAGCAUGCAAGACACUAGAUGACCAUAAACUAGGGCUUAUCGCUUAAGGCUUGGUCAAGAAAACAAAACAAGAUCAGCACUCAAAGAGAAAGACCAUGGAUGCUGAGAAAGGGACUGAGGUGGAGAUGAAAGAGCUCCUUCCAGCAGAAGCUCAAGACAAUAAGGAUGCAGAUAAAGGCAAAAUGGAAGAAAAAAAAGAAGAAGAGAAAGCGGCAGACGAAAAAAAAGAGGAAAAGGAGAAAAAAGAAGAAAAAAAAGAAGAAAUCAAAAAAGAAGAAAAAGAGAAAGAUGAAAUAAAAGAAGACAAAGAAAAAGAAGGAAAAAAUGAACAAGAAAAAAAAGAAGAAAAUAAGGAUAAAAAAGAAGAAGAAACGAGUGUCUACUGCAAACUGCAGACUCCAACAGAAGAUAUUUAUAAUCCUGUUAUGCCCUCUACUUCCAAAAGCAAAGACGAAGCUGAGAAAAAGGAAAAAGAAAUAACUGAAGAGGAAUCUCUGUACAGCAAAUUGCAGACUCCAACAGAAGAUAUAUAUAAUGCUCCAAUUACUUCUUCCAUGAGCAAACGCAAAAAAGCUGGAAAAGAGGAAGAAAAGAAAAGAAGAAGAUGUGUACUGCAAACUAAAAGAUCCAUCUGAGGACAUUUAUAUGUCUGCGGUGACCAGUUCCACUCUAAAACAAACUAAAGAAGUUCACAGGCAAGUUCGUCUGUACAAGAGGAUUUCCGUUGUUCUUGCCAUUCUUUCAAUAAUCUUACUGGCUGUGGUUUUUGCUUUGGUUAUAAAGUCACAUGAAUGUGAGUCCAUCAACUGUGCAGUGCCUGUGGGGACAUCUGAUAACAUCCCAAGGUAUCAGUGCUCUCACUGUGGGAGGGGCUGGUUAAAAAUUGAGAACUCCUGCUACUUCAAAUCCAGGGAGCGUCUAAACUGGCAGGACAGCAGAAAGGCGUGUCAGGAUCGGGGUGGAGACCUGGCUGUUGUCCACAAUGAAACAGUGCAGGCAUAUCUAAGUAUGCGUCGAGGUCUGCUGUUCUGGAUUGGGCUUCAUUAUGCAGAAACAGAACAACAGUGGAUAUGGAUUGACAAUACCACAUUAACUUUGAGCUUCUGGGCCACCAGUAAGCCACCUGAAAAGCCUAAAGACCACUGUGCACUGCUACAUGGAAGGACAAACUCAAGCAACUGGCAUUCAUACCCUUGUCAUGCAAUCUCCCAGUACAUCUGCCAGAAAUAUUAAAAGUGGAAAAAGAUCAAACAUAAUCAAAUAUAUGUUAUGUAUGUUUGCCAUUAAUAUCUUCAUUUUACUCUUUUACUUACCUUUUACAAAUGCAGUCCACAUGCAAUAUGCAAAUGCAAUAGCAAUAAACACAGGACCAACACAUGAAACAGUCAAAUUCUGUGAUGCACAAUCAAGUAGACAUGCUAUGUAUUUUUCAUGACUGAGAAAAUGAAAUAGGAAACUGAUUUUUUUUCUGCUUUUAAGCUGCACUGCUUUUAGUUAAAAGGCUACAGAAUUAUUUUGCACUGAUUUCUAUUAAACCAUAUUUGCACUAAAAAAAAGUUUGCAGAAUGUAUUAAACUUAAUGUAUACCUAACUGCCUUUAUUAUAUAAAACCAUUAUUGUUUUUCCAUUAAUUCAAUUUUAAAUAGAAUAAAAUGUGAUUGUUCUCCAUGAAGUUGUAUUUACUUAAAAUAUAAAAAAAUAUAAAAAAAACACUGUAAGUUUUAAAGCAUUUAUACACUUCCAACACGUUUCAUUUCAAUCAGAUUUCCUCUAUUAACAAGCCAAAUACUUUAAACUAAGCAGGCUGUGGUGACAAAUUUGCCAGGAAAGCACUUCUGCAUCUUGCAUGCUUUUUGUGUAUUCUGGGGGUUUGGUUGUUUCUCUCAAUUCCCCUUUCUUGUCUGAGUCAUCACAUUUUGACAACACAUCUGAUCCUGCAUAAACUGGUGAAACUCUGAAAUAAAUAGUGCCAAAUAAA